AUGUCGAAGGAGGUCGAUGAAUUUUUCAGGGAUUGCCCAGGACAUCUACUGAGACCCAUAGUAUGUGUAACCUCUGGCGGGACCACCGUGCCCCUGGAACAGCAUUGUGUGCGUUUCAUCGACAACUUUUCGGGAGGGACCAGAGGAGCUCUAUCUGCAGAGCAAUUUUUGCAGGCAGGAUAUGCAGUAAUCUUCUUGCACAGACGGCACUCCAUACAACCCUUUACGAAGGGAUUUCCUAGCGGCCAAAUACUGGACUUCCUAACAGAUGUCCUGGAGCCUGAUGCAGCGCCACUGCAUGGGGUGCAUGUAAUGGAGAGUGCCAGCGAGCUGGUUUCUGACUGCGUCUCACGCGCAAAGGAGGCUGCUGCACAGGGCGUGCUGCUGAGAGCACCCUUCGAAACACUGUUCGAGUACCUGCAGAGCCUGCGAGUGAUAUCUGAGGGUCUGCGGCCGUUUGGGCGUCGCGCAGCAUUCUACCUGGCAGCGGCAGUGUCUGAUUUCUACAUCCCCUGGUCGAGCAUGGUUGAGCACAAGAUCCAGUCUGCUGACAUAAGCGAUGGCCUUUCACUGCACCUCCAGAAGGUGCCGAAGAUGCUUGGGGCGCUGCGCUCUGACUGGGCACCGGAGGCGUUCCUGGUCAGCUUCAAGCUGGAAACCGAUGACACCAUCCUCAUCAGCAAGGCCAGCAAGUCCAUUGCGCGCUAUGGAGUGCAUGCAGUGGUGGCCAACAUACUGGAGAAGCGAAAGGAGGUGGUGCAUCUUGGGCAUCCAGCUAACAGCCUAGAAAGAACGCAGUCGAAAAUGGAGGUACCUACCUUGACAUGGCCGGUGAUGUUGAGGUAG